AUGAGCAACUCCGAGCAGUCCUUUGGGAGCGAGCCCAUAGCUAUUGUCGGCUUGAGCUGUAAAUUCGCAGGGGACGCGUCGAGUCCCGAUAAAUUAUGGAAGUUGUUGGAGGAAGGACGGAGUGCAUGGAGCGAAAUUCCAGCUUCGCGCUUCAAUCCCAAGGGCACUUUUCACCCAAACUCGGAGAAGCUGAGCACUGUACAUGUUCGCGGUGCGCACUUCAUGGAAGAGGAUGUGGGAAUGUUCGAUGCUGCCUUCUUCGGUUAUUCUGCAGAAACUGCGUCGACGCUUGAUCCCCAAUUCCGGCUCCAGCUGGAAUCAGUGUAUGAGGCAUUGGAAAAUGCCGGUCUUCCUCUUGCCCAAAUCGCGGGUUCCAAGACGUCUGUGUUUGCUGGUCUUUUCGUCCACGACUACCGAGAUGGGCUAGUCCGUGAUGAAGACAAUAUCCCAAGAUUCUUCCUCACGGGCGUUGGUUCCGCCAUGGCCUCCAAUCGCAUAUCGCACUUCUUCGAUUUCCGAGGCGCGAGUAUGACGAUAGACACGGGAUGCUCGACAACUCUGGUGGCUCUUCACCAAGCAGUUCAAAGUCUGCGAAGUGGAGAGUGCGACAUGAGCAUCGUCGGCGGUUCAAAUGUCUUGAUAAACCCUGACAACUUCAAGACCAUGGGAUCGUUGGGCUUCCUCUCCCCCGACGGCAAGUGCUUUGCCUUUGACUCGCGCGGCAACGGCUACGGGCGCGGCGAGGGAGUGGCUACGAUUGUCAUCAAGAGACUCAAGGACGCGGUCGCGGCGGGCGACCCAAUCCGGGCUGUCAUCCGCGAGACAGUCCUUAACCAGGACGGGAAGACGGAGACUCUCACAUCACCAAGCCAAGCGGCGCAAGAAGCACUCAUGCGCGAGUGCUACGCUAGGGCCGGCAUCGACCCGCUCAGCACACAGUAUUUCGAGGCCCACGGAACUGGCACCGCUACCGGAGAUCCGAUCGAGGCGGGAGCUAUUGGUGCCGUCUUCGAAGGCCACCGCAGAAAGGCUGAAGAGGCACUGCGCAUUGGCUCUGUCAAGACGAACAUUGGCCACACGGAGGCGACGAGCGGUCUGGCAAGUGUCAUCAAGGUAGCUCUGGCGAUGGAAAAAGGCAUCAUUCCGCCUACGAUCAACUUCGAGAAGCCCAAUCCCAAGCUGCAGUUGGAAGAGUGGCGCCUCAAGAUUGCAACCGAGCUGGAAAAGUGGCCUGCAGCCGCUGGUGAAAUCCUUCGGGCGUCCGUCAACAACUUUGGCUAUGGAGGCGCCAAUGCGCAUGUCAUCAUGGACAAUGCGGCAUCCUCGCUGAGCAACGGCACUAACAGAACCCUCAAUGGGCACACUCACGAUUCGUCUGUCGAUGCGACCAAGUUACUGGUCCUAAGCGCAAAGGAUGAACAGGCUUGCCGGAAGAUGGUGGACAACCUGAAAGAAUUCCUUGUCAAAUCCGAGCAGGAUGGCAGAGAAGUCGCCACAGAGUUGUUCCUUCAGAGCCUCGCUUAUACCCUGGGUCAACGCCGGACACUAUUCCCUUGGGUUGCCGCGUUCCCCGUUCCUUUCACAAAAGGCGUUGGUGAAGUCGUCACAGCCCUGAGCUCGCCUAAAUUCCGACCGUCUCGCACGUCGCGACGUCCUCGAAUCGGAAUGGUAUUUACGGGACAGGGAGCGCAGUGGUACGCCAUGGGAAGGGAGUUGAUCACGGAGUAUCCUGUGUUCAAAGCAUCGCUUGAAGAGGCCGAUACGUUGCUGAAGGAGCUCGGGUCGGAUUGGUCGCUGAUCGAAGAGCUUCAUCGCGAUGCCAAAACAACCAGGGUUAACGGAACAGGCUUCAGCAUCCCGAUUUGUAUCGCGGUGCAGAUCUCGUUGGUUCGUCUCUUGCGUACUUGGGGAGUCACACCGACUGCUGUGACGAGUCACUCAAGUGGAGAGAUUGCCGCCGCCUACACCGUAGGCGUUAUCAGUUUCCGGUCGGCCGUGGGUAUUGCCUACUACCGCAGCAAACUGGCCGCCGACAUGACUCUCGAGGGUCCUGUUAAGGGCGGCAUGCUUGCUGUCGGACUUGGAAGCCAAGACUCUGAGCGCUAUAUUGAGCGUCUGACUUGUGGCGCCAGGGCCGUGGUGGCCUGCAUCAACAGCCCAGCCAGCACCACGGUUGCUGGUGACGUUGCUGCCAUCGAAGAACUCGAGGCCUUGCUCAAGGCUGACGACGUGUUUGCUCGCCGCCUCAAGGUGGACACUGCAUAUCACUCUCACCACAUGGAGCCAAUUGCCGCCCAAUACCGCGAGGCUCUCAGCAACAUGCCACCUGACGACGCAGCCAAGGACAACAAGCUUAAAUCAAUCGCAUUUGCAUCCGCCGUCACCGGGUUCCGCAUCUCAAGCGCCAAGAAGAUUGCGCACCCGGACCAUUGGGUUGGUAGUCUGUUGCAACCCGUCCAAUUCAUUGACGCCUUCACCGAAAUGGUCCUGGGAGAUUUGGAUAGCACUGAGCCAAGCGUGGACAUUGUUGUCGAGGUUGGCCCGCAUACAGCUCUUGGUGGUCCUAUCCAGCAGAUCCUGGAGCUUCCCGAAUUCGAUGGCAUUCAGUUGCCCUACUACGGCUGUCUGGUGCGUCAUGCAAACGCCGUCGAAAGUAUUCAGACGCUCGCAGCGAACCUGCUUCGCGAGGGCUACCCACUGGAUAUGGAAGCGGUCAACUUCCCCCACGGACGGGACCAGCAAGUUCGCGUGCUUACGAAUCUGCCUUCGUAUCCUUGGAUUCACCAGACUCGUCACUGGGCCGAGCCUCGGUCCAAUCUUGGACUCCGCGAAAGAGACCAGGCUCCUCAUGAUCUUCUUGGUCACCUUGUGCCUGGAACGAAUCCGCAGGCGCCGACGUGGCGACACACCCUCCGUGCAACUGAGUCGCCGUGGGUGAGAGACCACGUCAUUCAAUCCAACAUGCUCUACCCGGGAUGUGGGUUCAUCAGCUUGGCCAUCGAGGCCGUCAAGCAGCAGUUGACAAUGCUGGACCAAGAUCAGCAAGCGACCAAGAAGAUCUCUGGCUACCGAGUCCGAGAUGUAAAUGUCCUACAAGCAUUGGUCAUCCCGGACACAGCGGACGGUAUCGAGAUACAGACAGUGCUUCGUCCGGCAAGCGACAAGGCCAUCGGCGUGCGUGGUUGGAAGCAGUUCGAGGUCUACUCCGUCACGGCAGAUAACCAGUGGGCCCAAAAUGCUCAGGGUUUGAUCACGGCCGAGUUUGAAGAAUCUGACAAGAGCGUUGAGUUCGACGACAGCAAGUUCAAGGCUCUAGACCCCAGCUCCGGCUAUGCGCGACGAAUUGACGCGACGGACAUGUGGAAUGUGCUGAACUCGCUCGGUAUCCAGUAUGGACCUACUUUCAAGAAUAUCAGCAACGUUGUUCAAUCCGGCAGGGAGUUGAUGUCGGUCAGCACCAUUACCGUAGCGGAUACCUCAGUGCCGAAAGACCUGCCCCGGAACCAUGUCAUUCACCCAAGCACCCUGGACGCAGCUGCUCAGGCGACCUACACGGCUCUGCCCGGGGUAGAGUCCCACCAAGACAGCACUCGAGUGUUCCAGUCCAUCGACAACAUCUGGAUCUCGAGUGAGAUCAGCCACGAGGCUGGCCACAGCUUCCAGUGCUACACCUCGCUCAAACACGCAGAUGCUCAGGGCAUGGAGGCCGACAUUGUGCUAGCUGAUGGCGGCGUUCCUCAGAUCAAAAUCGACGGCCUCGUCUUCUCGUCUCUGGGCCGAAACCCAGUUGACAACUCGAAGCCUUGGGAGAACGAGCUCUGUAACAAGCUGGUGUGGGAAACUGAGCCGGACCUCAGUCUCAACGCUCUGUCUGCACAGUCGUUAUCGGACCAACCCACCAAGCUGCUGCACUCCAUCGUGCACAAGAACCCCCGUGCACGCAUCCUCGAGGUUGGAGCCAGCCUUGGGGGCACAACCCGUGCUUGGCUGCAAGCACUGGGCACAGGAGAGACUGGGGGUCCGCUUGCGGCGUUCUAUCACUUCACCAAUGCCUCGGACGACGAGUUCGAGACAGCGCAGAAGGAGCUUGCGCCGUGGAGUGAGAUCCUUGGCUUUGAAAAGCUCGACAUUGAGCGUGACCCGUCUUUGCAAGGAUUCGAGCCGGGCACUUACGAUAUCGUGCUGGUUUCUGAGUCCCAAGCAUCAUCCGCCGACAACGCGUUGGCCAACGUGCGCAGCUUGCUCAAGCCAGACGGUAGGUUGCUCAUGACGAAAACGACUCGGGAUGAGCUGGACACGCAGCUUGUCUCUGGUCCUCUCCCUGAGCUACCCAAUCUGCCAGCUUCGGACGAUGUCAUACUCGUCACCAGCAACAAGACCCGUCUUCCCCCAUCUGCCUGGCUUGAAUCCCUACAGGCCGCCUUGUCGGUCAGCGGCAACAAGCCUGCCGUGCAUGUUCUCGAGUCCUCAAAGGCAGCAGCUUUCGCUGGGAAGAUCUGUGUUUUCCUUGGCGAGAUCGAGCACCCUGUACUUCGCGACAUCGACGCCGCAACGCUGGAGGCUGUCAAGGCCAUGGCGAUUGGCUGCAGGGGCCUGCUCUGGGUUACGCGUGGCGGCGCAGUCGAAAGCCAGAACCCGGACCUUGGCCUUGCUUGGGGCUUCCUUCGAACCCUGCGGAACGAGUACCUUGGCCGGCCUUAUCUGUCGCUGGACCUCGACCCUAGUGCUUCGCUUUGGUCUGAUGACGAUGCGUCUGCCAUUGUUCAGCUCCUGAAGGUAGGGUUUGGCGACUCGGCUACGGCUGUCACUGAGUUCGAGUAUGCCAUUCGCGAGGGCCAUUUCAAGAUCCCGAGAAUUCUCAAAGACAGGGCUCGCAAUGAUAUUGUGUCGCCCAAGGACGCCGCUGAUCUGGACAAGGUCAUGGAGCCGCUUCACCAGCCAGACCGCCCGCUGCGGAUGCACGUUGGAAUGCCCGGAUUGUUGGAUACGCUGGCGUUCGAUGAUGACGAUUCAAUCUCCGCGGAAGCCGGAUCCGCACUCUCGCCUGAGAUGGUCGAAGUUGAGCCUCGGGCUUAUGGUGUCAAUUUCCGCGAUGUCAUGGUCGCCAUGGGACAGCUACACGAGCGCGUCAUGGGCCUCGAGUGCUCUGGUAUCAUUACCCGCGUGGGCAGCGAUGCAGCCAAGCAAGGGUAUGCCGCCGGAGAUCGCGUCUUCUGCCUACUGCGCGGGCCCUUCGGAAGCCGCGCUCGCAUCGAAUGGACCAAUGUAUCGCACAUGCCCGAGGGACUCAGCUUCGAGGAGGCUGCUUCUCUCCCGGUAAUCUUCUGCACUGCAUACAUCGGGCUCAUCGACCUGGCGCGCAUGGAACCCGGCAACUCCAUCCUCAUCCACGCUGCGGCCGGUGGCGUGGGCCAGGCCGCCAUCAUGAUGGCUCGGCACUUGGGCGCCGACAUCUUCGUUACCGUUGGUACGCAGGAGAAACGCGACUUGGUGAUGAACAAGUACGGCAUCCCGGCCGAUCGCAUCUUCAGCAGCCGCGACACGUCGUUUGCUGCUGGAGUCCUCGCUGCUACCAACGGCCGCGGUGUUGAUGUGGUCCUCAACUCCUUGGCCGGACCUCUUCUGCAAGAGAGCUUCAACGUCCUUGCUCCCUUCGGGCACUUUGUCGAGAUUGGCAAGCGUGAUUUGGAGAGCAACAGCCACCUGGAGAUGCGCCCGUUCACUCGGCAGGUCUCCUUCUCGGCCUUCUACCUCCUUUCCCUCAUGCAGCACAAGCCGCGCCAAAUCCAUCGCGUCUUGGGUGAGAUUUCGCGCCUCGUGCAGGCAAACGUUCUCGCCCCCGUCCAUCCCGUCACGGCCUACCCGAUUGCCGACGUCUCGAAGGCCUUCCGCAUGCUGCAGACAGGCAAACACAUGGGCAAAGUGGUUCUCUCCGUCGGCCCGCAGGAGCAGGUCCCAGUCCUUCGGCGCGCGCCGGCAGCCAAGUUCUCCCCUGACGCAUCCUACCUGCUCGUGGGCGGUAUGGGCGGCAUUGGCCGCGCCAUCGCGUACUGGAUGGUGGCGCAUGGCGCGCGGAACCUGGUCUUCAUGUCGCGCAGCGCCGGCCGCAGCAGCGGUGGGGCUUCGACGUUCGUGAAAGAGCUGGCCGAGGCGGGCUGCCGCGUCAAGCCCGUGAGCUGCGAUGUCAGCAGCGAGGCCGACGUUGCGCGGGCGGUGCGCUCGGUAGCAGAGGAUGGCCUCCCGGCGAUCCGUGGUGUUAUCCAAGCAGCCAUGGUGCUUCACGAUACCAUCUUGGAGCAAAUGACGCUUGCCAACUUCCAGACGGCCAUCCGCCCCAAAGUCCACGGCACCUGGAACCUGCACAAGCAGUUCGCCCAACCCAACUCCCUGGACUUCUUCGUCAUUCUCUCGUCCAUCGUGGGUGUCGCGGGGAACGCCAGCCAGUCGAACUACGCAGCCGCCGGAGCGUACCAGGACGCGCUAGCGCGGUGGCGCGUGUCGCAGGGCCUGCCAGGCGUAGCGAUCGACCUCGGGGCCGUCAAAGCCAUCGGCGUCGCGGCCGAGACGGCAGGCGUGCUGGGGCGCCUGCAGCGGACGGGGCAUAUGCCGCUGAGCGAGGAGCAGGUGCUCGGGGUGCUGGGCAGCGCGGUGCUGGCGCCGUACGAGGCGCAAGUGGUGGUGGGGCUGAACAGCGGGCCAGGCAAACACUGGGACAGCAACGGGGAGGCGCAGCUGGGGCGCGACGCGCGGUACAGCGGGCUGGCACAGCGGAAGACGGAGGGGGGGCAGGCAAGCGGCGCAGCGGGGGGGCCGGACGCAGGGACGCUGGCGAGCAAGAUCGCGGCGGCGGGCUCGCUGGACGAGGCGACGGGGGCCGUGGGCGCGGCCAUUGCCGCCAAGCUGGCGGAUAUCUUCCUGCUGCCGGUUGAGGAGAUUGAGCUCGCGCACCGGCCGGCGCACUAUGGGAUUGACUCGUUGGUGGCGGUCGAGCUGCGCAAUAUGCUGGUGCAGCAGGCGGCGGCCGAGGUGUCCAUUUUCGGUAUUAUUCAGAGCGCGUCGCUGACGGCGCUGGCGGCGGAUGUGGCGGCGAAGAGCGCGCAUGUUGGUGCGGGGUUGGUUGGGGGGGGGGGGGGUGGGAGUGGGGUGGCUUGA